UCUGUGUGUGUGUGUGUCUUUGUGUGUGUGUUGGUAAAAGAGCGCACGGUUGUUUCUCUCCAUCUCUCACCUGUUCUGUGUAUCGAGUCUCACAGAGGCAACAAGCGUUUCUCAGCGAUCACUUCUCACUGUGCUGGAGAGAGAGAGACAGAGAGAGAGAGAGUGAGAGAGAGAGCUGGAGAGGGAAAGAGAGAAGAAAAACAUUCCCCACCCCUCUGCUCUCUGAGGCUGUUGUUGAUCGGAUCACAUCAGACUGCGAGCUCACUCUCUGAGAGACGGACAGGAAUUCAGAGCAUCUGCUUCACUUUUCUUUCUAAUUACAGCUCGACUUGUCCAGGAUCGGUGAGGACAAGAAGUAGAUAAAUGAGGAAAGAGAACAUUUCCUGUGUUCUGGGUUCUGUGGAGGGUCUGUGAAUGAGAUUGGACUGAGACUCUGCACACAGAGAGGAUCUGUGAGGAGAGUCGAGUAUUUGCUCUGUAAGUUGUUGUAUCUCUGUUCACUCAGAGUCAGGGAAACGAAAGGAGACUGAGCUCCACACGGUGAGAGUGGAGUGGCGAGUCAUGGGCAUGUGUCACCUGCACAGGCGAGGAUGGGCAAACUCGAGUAUGACCACGAGAGGAUAAUCCUCAACGUCGGCGGCACGAGGCACGAGACGUACCGCACUACGCUCCGGACGCUGCCGGGAACACGCCUCGCUCUGCUCGCCUCCAUUCCGUCUUCCUCCCUCUGUGGUUCUGCUUCUGGAUCAGACGCAGAGUGUGCACUGCUGGACCAUCACCAUCACCAUCACCAUCAUCAUCAUCACCAUCAUCAUCAUCAUGAGCAUGAUCAACAGGUGCGUAUUGGUAACGAGUACUUUUUUGACCGUCACCCAGGUGUGUUUGCUUAUGUGUUGAAUUACUACCGCACGGGGAAGCUGCACUGUCCGGCCGACGUGUGUGGUCCACUGUUCGAGGAGGAGCUUGCCUUCUGGGGCAUCGACGAGACGGACGUGGAGCCGUGCUGCUGGAUGACUUACAGACAACACAGAGAUGCCGAGGAGGCACUGGACGUCUUCGACAUGAACGUGAUGGACAACGGAAUGGGGAACGACGAGGAUGAGGAGAACGAUGAAGAGGAGGACAAGCGUGAGGUGGGGAAGAGGAUGAGGGUUGGAGAGGCAGAGCACACCAGGGGGACCAGUCUGAACCGCUGGAGGAGGUGGCAACCUGUCGUCUGGAACCUGUUUGAGGAUCCUUACUCAUCUCGGGCCGCUCGGUUCGUGGCUUUCGCCUCUUUGUUCUUCAUCAUGGUCUCCAUCACCACCUUCUGCCUGGAGACUCAUGAAGCUUUCAACACCAUCGUCAACAAGACAGAUGCUGUAAGGAACGAGAGCGUGCUGGACUUGGUGCCUCAGUAUGAGAUUGAGACGGAUCCAGCACUCACAUAUGUGGAGGGUGUCUGCGUCCUCUGGUUCACCUUCGAGUUCUUGGUGCGAGUGACGUUCAGUCCUGAUAAACUGGAAUUUAUCAAAAGCGUCCUGAACAUCAUCGACUUUGUAGCCAUCUUACCCUUUUAUCUUGAAGUUGGACUGAGCGGUUUGUCCUCCAAAGCGGCGAAAGACGUCCUGGGGUUCCUGCGAGUGGUCCGCUUUGUACGGAUUCUGAGAAUCUUUAAGCUGACUCGUCACUUUGUCGGACUGCGGGUCCUCGGACAUACCCUCCGUGCCAGCGUGAAUGAAUUCUUCCUCCUCAUCAUCUUCCUCGCCCUCGGUGUCCUUAUCUUUGCCACCAUGAUCUACUACGCAGAGCGGAUCGGUGCUAAUCCCAAUGACCCGACCGCCAGUGAUCACACCAAGUUCAAAAACAUUCCCAUCGGCUUCUGGUGGGCCGUGGUCACCAUGACGACUCUAGGGUAUGGUGACAUGUACCCUCAGACCUGGUCAGGAAUGCUGGUAGGGGCGCUGUGUGCACUAGCAGGCGUGCUAACAAUAGCAAUGCCCGUUCCAGUAAUUGUAAAUAACUUUGGCAUGUAUUACUCGCUAGCCAUGGCUAAGCAGAAGCUACCGAAAAAGAGGAAGAAGCACAUUCCCCAGGUGGUGCAAACUGCAUCUCCAUCCUUCUGCAGGACCGAUCUGAGUUCAGCCUGCAACAGCAACCCUGUUGACCUGCGCAUGGGACAGAGCCGAGGGCUCGAGUGCCACCGGUCAGAUCUCAGUGCAGGAAGUGACAUCACAACGACUCCAGAGGAGCAGGUGCCCAUGCAGGAUCGACACAGUGGAGGAACUUGCUUCCUAUUGGCUGCCAGUGAUUACAGCUGCACUGCUGACUCCACCCUCCGCAAACCAGGUGUGCUCUAAAUAUCAGAUGACCAUGCGUCAUUGUCUGUCCAUUUUACCACAGAGUAGUUUUUGUGUUUUUUUAAUUGUUUGUAUGGAAUGUACAGCCAUCUGCACAUCAUGGUCACAAUCAUCAUCUUCAUCAUCAUCAUCAUCAUCCACAGCAAAUACCACCAGCAUGCUAUGCUUCAUUCCCAUCACCAUGAGAAAAAAAGCCCAUUACUUUAACCUGAAACCUGAAUGUAAACGCCCAGUUACAUUUAAUUCAAAUCCUACAUUGCUCUGGAGCUUUGGCAAAAUAUGUACAUGACUAGUGUAACAUUAUGGCAAGGAGGAGGCCAGUGUGAGGCAGAAGGCUAGUGUGAGGCAGGUGAGCAGUGUGAGGCAGGAGGCUAGUGUGAGGCAGGAGGCUAGUGUGGGGCAGAUGGGCAGUGUGAGGCAGGUGGGCAGCGUGAGGCAGGAAGGCAGUGUGAGGCAAGAUUCAAGAUUCAAGAAGCUUUUAUUGUCAUUUCAACCACAUAUAUCUGACGCAGUACAUAGUGAAAUGAAACAACGUUUCUCCAGGACCUGGUGCUACAUAAACAUACAACAACAAGUUCAAUACUAAACAACAAACAACAGCACAGAGCUAGGACAGAAGUUUGUCUUAGCCACGUAAAGUGCACAGUGUGCAGCUAGGUGCAGACAGAGCAUAGACAAGACAGUGCAAAAGACAAUAAAUACAAUAAAGACAACACAAAAGAACACAGGACACUUAGCGCUGAAAAGAAAUAAAAGAACAUGUGUACUGGAAUGUAAGUGAAAUAAAAUAGAUAAAGUGAAAGUGUAAAAAAAAACUUCCCAGUUUCCCAGGCAGGUGGGCAAUGUGAGGCAGGAGGCCAGUGUGAGGCAGGUGGACAGUGUGAGGGAGGAGGCCAGUGUGAGGCAGGUGGGAAGUGUGCGGCAGGAGGCCAGUGCGAAGCAGGUGGGCAGUGUGAGGUAGGAGGCCAGCACGAGGCAGGUGGACAGUGUGAGGCAGGAGGCCAGUGUGAGGCAUGUGGACAGUGUGAGGCAGGAGGCCAGUGUGAGGCAUGUGGACAGUGUGAGGCAGGUGGGCAGUGUGAAUACUUCAUACCAGUAUGAAGAAACAGCAGAGUACACACAGGCAUCUAUUAAAGCUCUGACCUGAACAGAUGAACACAAGCAGGUGACUGACCGAUGACACAAUGGAGGGCGGAGACUAAAUGUGGAAACUGUGGGAGGAGUUUUACUAAAGCAACUAAAGAAUGUUAUGUGAAGAUUCAGAGUCUGAAAUGUAAUGUGUAAACGCUUAUUUCCUCUUCUAGCAGAAACACAAGAAUCUGCUUUAAGAUGAUAUAAAGGAAGCACAGGAAUGUAUGCAGGGUCAAAUGGGACAAAAUCAGAGUGAAUUAUUGUGUCAUGAUCUGCAAACACACUGUGGAUGCUAACACACUGUGGAUGCUAACACACUGUGGAUGCUAACACACUGUGGAUGCUAACACACUGUGGAUGCUAACACACUGUGACCAUCACUGAUUUUAAAAUAUAAUAGAUUGUUAAUAAAUCUCCUAGUAAUGAAUACAGAUGUGUUACUGUAGCAGGUGGGGGUGUGGCUAAGUGGGAGUCUGCAGCAGCAGUGUGGAAGGAUGAGUACAUUAACGUGUCAAACCCCCCCCACUGAGAGAGAGAGAGAGAGAGAGAGAGAGAGAGAGAGAGAAAGAAAG